AUGCAUGACCACAGUGGAGCACAGAAGUACCGAUUGAAGGUGUCGGCAGGAGCAGCGUACGACCCAAGCACGCACCAGGUAGUCCCAGUCAACGGCGAGACCCUCCGCAUCGACAACGAGCACGCAACCGUGAGCCUCUGCGUCCGCAUCAAUAAGUACACCGGAUACCCAGACAACGCCCCCUCAACAAGCGAAUACUUCAAACACCCAACGCACACAAAAGACCAAUACUCGAUCUCUUUCUCCAUAAUCUUCAAAGAACCCGUGAAUGGCAACAACCUUGUGUUUGGCAAUGACUUCGACCAUCCAAUUCGCGAUAGACUCCCGCCAGGCUUCAACGCCGCACUGCGCAUGGUGAAGUGGACGCUCGACCCUGCCAUCGAGGGUGAUGCAUACGCCGAUAAACCUUAUCUGUUCAGUCCUGCGCUGGCUACGUGGAACCAGUUCCGCAUUGGGGACAAGAUCCAGAAGUCAGAUGAAGUGCCGAAGAUGCAUGAAACUGUGGUUCAAGAGGGCGCUGAUGGUGACGGAGUCAACGUCCGGGAGAAGUUCAAGAUCCCGGACUCCACUGAUGGGCGCAGGCAUCAUUUUCAGAAUGAGAGCAAGAGGAAGGAGUUUGAUUUCGAACCUGGGAGAAUGUAUCUUGCCGAUUUUGGGAAUCCAUAUUUGGUGUUUAAUGAUUUCUCUCUUCGUCUACCUGGGUUCACGUUGCACGCCAUGAACUAUGUUGAUGAGAAGAACCAUGAUCUACGGUACGUCCUGAAGGACAGUAGCACGGGCCGGGUGUAUCUUGUUGUGCUCUUUACUCUCGUCCUUCAAAACACGGAUCAGGAGCCAGGGCAUAAAGGAGAUGUUGACAAGGGGCUGCAUGAAAUGAAGACGAAAGAGCAGGAGAGUAAUGGCAGUUUGGGGAAAUUCGAUUGGGAUACAGAUUCAAUGCCGGAUAGGGAGUGA